UGAUGAUGAACAAACACAAAAUAAAUCGGAAAUAAAUUGGAAAUGUGAAAUGCGUAGAGUGUUAACAAGUUGUACUGAUUCAGUCAUAUGUAAUAAGGUGUUGGACGUUGACGGACCAGACGACAAUUCAGAGACGAGUGGCUCGUGGAGGAAGAGACCAGGAGUGCAAAUUGUCACCAACAUGCAACAAAUGCAAUUAAAACAUCAUCAACGUGCUGACAGUGACGAGGAAGAAACAUGCCGUUUUCCAAAGUUACAGGAAUGUGCACAUUUUCAUUAUGAGCGUGUACAAUUAUGCCCACUCCAGGUCUCUCUUCAAGUAAAUAAUGGUGAUAUAUCAAUCCAUAGUCUUCAGCAUACCUCACGAGGUUCGGAUGAAAAUCCGGAAGAGGAUUGGUAUACGGUACAAGUAACAUCGAACAAUGAAUGCUGGCUGCUGCAGAGAACAUUAGAAAAUUUUGUCAAGUUAGAUUCACAAUUACAUCAAUGUAUAUUCGAUCGAAAAGUGUCACAAUUAACCGAACUGACACAUCAUCUGCCGGCAGAAUCAGUUGCAGAUAUUCUAACCAAAUACCUGGAACGUUUUUGUCAGAUUAUCGAUAAUUCAUUAAAUUGUGGUCCAAUUUUGACAUGGUUUCAGUUGGAUAAUCGAGGACAUCGGUUGCUUGUACCAAAUGAAGAGAGUGAUUCCAUUAAUACACCAGCGGUUGCUGCAGCGUACAGUAUAAAGAAAUAUGUUUCGCAGGCUCGUGAUGAAUUAAAUUUAGAAGUAGGAGACAUGAUUUCUGUGAUUGACAUGGCAAGUCCUGGUGAAUCAAUGUGGUGGCGAGGAAAACGUGGCUUCCAAGUGGGAUUCUUUCCACAACAUUGUGUUCAUGUAAUCGGUGAAAAAUUGGCAUGUUUACCUCAUGCACCCAAUGCAUUAGGAAGUGCUGGCAGUGGUACAGUUAGUCCUAUAAAGCCUGUGCUACGUAAACAUGGCAAACUAAUAGCGUUCUUCCGUAGUUUUAUAUUAAAUCGUCCAUCCAGAAGGCGGCUUAAACAAAGUGGAAUUUUACGUGAACGUGUGUUUGGCUGUGAUUUGGGUGAACAUCUUUUAAAUUCUCGACAUGAAAUUCCAAUGGUUUUAAAAUGUUGUGCCGAAUUUAUUGAAUCACAUGGUAUCGUUGAUGGAAUUUAUCGUUUAUCCGGUGUCACAUCCAAUAUCCAAAAAUUACGUAAUGCAUUCGAUGAAGAUCGCAUACCAAAUUUAUACACCGAAGACAUUUUACAAGAUAUUCAUUCGGUGGCAUCAUUACUUAAAAUGUAUUUUCGUGAACUUCCAAAUCCAUUGUGUACACAUCAAUUGUAUCAUAGUUUUGUGAAUGCUGUACAAGGUACACAAAUUAAUAGUAAUGGCGAACAAAUUAAAGUGGAUGAAAAUGAGCGCUUGUUACGGAUGCGAGAAACUGUACAUAAAUUACCACCACCACACUACAGAACGUUAGAAUAUUUAAUGAGGCAUUUAGCGCGAGUCGCAAAACAUGGAGCACGAACUGGUAUGACCUCAAGAAAUGUAGCCAUUGUAUGGGCACCCAAUUUAUUACGGUGUGCUGAAUUAGAAAUUGGUGGUGUAGCCGCUUUACAAGGUGUUGGUGUCCAAGCUGUAGUAACAGAAUUUUUAGUAUGUUACACAGAUUUAAUAUUCUGUGAUAAUCUCCCAACUGCGGAUUCGGAUACAGAUACAAUGGCAAAUAAUACAUCGUCGUUAUCACCGAAAAAGUUACGACCGAAAAGCUUAGCAUUAUCAACCCCAACGAAAUUAUUGAGCUUGGAAGAAGCACGCAGUAAACAUUUACUUAGUAAUAAACCAGAUGAAAGUAGUUAUAUAGAAGUAGGAGGUGGACCAAAAAAUUUACCAGAAAAGUAUCAUACAGUUUUGGAAUUACCUCAGGGAUUCAGAAAACGAAGUAUGUCGAAACGAUCACCACUCGGUUGGCGAUCAUUUUUUACAAAAUCACGAAAUACAUCACACACUAAUUUAGCAGCAAAGAAUACAAUACGAAAAGCAUCCACUCCAGGAAUUAAUACAUCAUUUCAAGAAAAAUCUGUAACAGAAUCAGAUUUAACAGAAAUACGACGUAAAUUACGACCAGUAAAAUCCGCAGAAAGUUUAACAUCAGGACAAUCAGAACCGCCUAGCACUGAAAUUGAUACAUUGGGACCAUUACAUUGUUUAAAUAAACCGUCAGGUCAUAAUCGAUCCGUUUCGCAUGAUUCAUAUUUUGAUACUUUACAAGCGUCAAAUAAUAAUUCCGAAGGAUCAUUACUAGAUUUAAGUGAAAUUCAAUUAAAUUUCGAAUUAGAAGAAUCAGAAAUGCGAAUAUUCUCCGAAGAUGAAAGCUUAGUUAGUUCACCAAGAGUACAUAAAGAAUCGGGCACACGAAAGGUUUUACAUCGUGCACGACCCGAAGAUUUCAACAGUCAAACAAAUUCAAGUAACCCAUCACCGAAGAAACAACCUCGUGUUAUACUAUCACCAGAAAGUCAAUCCCGGAAACGUUCACGUCUUGAAGAUCAACUCUCGGAUAUACUUUACAUAGAUUGUAACACACCAGAAAAUAUGAUAUCUACAACGGCCAUAGUACAUACACAUCCAGAAAAAACACCAAUUAAAACACCUGCAUUAAUAACAGACGAUCCUAUUGAACCAAAAAAUAAAUCUCCACGAAAUUCAAAUGAAAUACAACAGAUAAAAGCACAUCCUGAAGAAAAUCUUGUAAAACCUGAACCUGAGAAUUUAUUUAAAAAGAAUACAAAUCGAAAUUCAUUAAACCUAGAAAAUUAUAAAGAAAAGAAUUUAAUACCAAAAUCGUACACGGAAAUGGAUUUAAAAAGAACGUUGCAGAUUCCAUCAUCGUCAGAUGUAUGUAGUGAAGUUAGUAGUACAAAUAUAUCACCACAAACGCCAAAUUAUAAUCGUUUGUAUGGUGAAACAACGGAUUCAAGUGAUUCGACAACAACAACACCAAAUCAAAUUUCACCAGAUUUUAGUUUAACAGAAUCACCUGGUGAAAUUAGUUAUAAAAUAUUUAAUCGAAAUUCGGGAGAGACAAAAGAUAUUAAAAUAUCCAACACUUAUGAAAAUAUUGCAAACGAAUUGAGUAACAAUGGAAUUAUAUCCCCGAAAAAGACACCAAGUAGUCCUACUUACGAAAAUGUUUUAACCACAAUUAGUAUCACUUACAGCUUAAAUUCCCCAUCCAAGAAUAAAACAUUCGUCGAUAAAAAACAAAGUGAUACAAAUAUUUAUGAAGAUAUCGAAAUAAAUUCGGAAUUAAAAGCAACAAUUCCAACAUCUGUUGCAAAUUUACCGAAUCGUGAAGCUAGUCAACCCACAGAAAUUGUAUAUAGAACAAAAGUAACAAACAUUGAUGAAUUACUUGCUGCACAGAAACAAAAAUCAUCACCAACAUCACCUAAUGCAGUAAAAACAACGUCUCCGCCAGCGGCACGACCUACAUCAUUAUCAUUUUCCCCGGAUUCAAAUCCAGCAAAUUAUGUUAGUCCAAUUCGACCGAUUUCACUUAGUUUUCAAGCGAAUAAUUAUGCUGAAAAUUCCGAAACACCAAUUUAUGAAAAUGUUGAAGUGAAUGAGGAGGAUAAUAGUCAAAGUUUCCCAACAAGUCCAUCAAAACCAAUUCUAUUAAAUGAAAAAAGAAAAUCAUGUGAAAAUUCUGUUGAUGAUGACGCUAUUUAUCAACAAGUGAAAUAUUUUCGACGAUCAAUACAUGAAAUUAACGAAUUAUUAGACAAACCAUUGAGUGUAUCCUCAAAUAACUCGAUAGUAAAUAGUCCUGAACAAAUACAGGAUGUACCCAAGCUUAAUUCAAUAGUGAAUAGUCCUGAACAAGUACAGGAUGUAUCCAAUUCAAUAGUUGAACAAACUUCAACCCCUGAAAAACUUCAGGAAACCGAUGUUACAGAUAGUUCGACCCCUGAAGACGUGAAAAUUGUACCUGAAAAUAAUGUACAAUAUAUAGAAAAUAGUAGCAAUAUUGUAAAUAUUGAGCAAGUUGUAAAUGAGAAUGAUACUACUGCGCAUGUGUCUGUUGUGGAUGUGUGUAUGCCUGAAGAAAAUGAGGAACGAUGUAAAAUAAGUGACGAAGAAACAAUUGAUAAUAUGUCCGAUAAAUUUGAUUCAUUGGAAAUGGAAAAAACUGUCAUUAUUGAAGAAGAAAAUGAAAAUGAAGAAUCUACUCCACCCCCGAAAAUUGAAUCACCAAAAGUAAAACCACAUCAACGACAUCGAACAGAAAGUGUACGAGAAAUCGCGAACAAAUUUGAAAAUUUGGAUCCAACAUCAUCUUCAGAAUGUAGUUCAAUUGUUUUAAGAUAUAAAGAUAUAAAUGGUCGUGAUAGUUUACCCCCAUGUUUACGUCAUGCACGACAUACGAAAUUAUUAAAAAAUAAUCCAAAAGCUCGAUCGCUAGAUGAAAAUGAAUUUAUUCGUGAAUUCGUUACAAAACCAUUAACUACGUUCAGUCAACAAGCGAUUAUAAAUCAAACUACAUCAGCAUCACGACGAAAAUCGUUAGAUGAACGAUUAAAUCGUUUUACAAUUGCACAACCUAAACAAUUAAAUCAACCAAAAGUAUUACCCGAUACAGCUAAGAAAUCACCGGAUUUUCAUUCGUUACAUUCAUUUCAUGCGAAAAAAUCAACGGAUUCGUUAUCGUCGUCGACAUCGUCAUUGAAGCAAAGUAAUAUUCUUAAAGAUAUAAAAAAUAAUACCAAAGAUCAUGAUGAAUCAACGGAUCAACAUCCUUCGUUAUCAUCAACAAGUUUGAAUAGUACAACAGAUUUUGAGAAUCCUCAAUUAAAUCGUGAACGAAUCGAAAGGUAUAAAGAGGAACGUCGUAACUUUUUACGUGAGAAAUAUCGUAGUGAAUCAUUUCGUGCAGAUAAUAAAGAUCAAGUGUUAACACGAUUAAAAUCAAAGAUUAAACCUCGUGGAGAAGAAAAUAAAGAUGAUGUCGUUGAAGAUGACGUAAAUCGUCGUAACAAUAAAUUAAAAUCGAACAAUGAAAAUAUAGAAUCUCCUGUAUUAAACCAAAGAAAUAUAAAACGCAAUGAGAAAAUUAUUGAUGGUUGUGAAGUGAUAAAAAAUAAUCAAAUUCGUAAAAAUAAUACAAUUAUCAGUGAUUAUACAAAAAAGUUUAGUGGAAGUGAUAAUAAUACUGAUAAAAGUAAUAAUACAACAAUGGGAACAAUUCGUAGUGAUAAUAUGAAUAAUGAGAAAGGUGUACGAAAAAAAGAUUAUUUUGAUAAUAAAAUUACACAACGGCGUGAAAAGACUGAAGAAUUAAUAUGUGCAUCAAAUGAAAUACGUCGUCAUACAUUUGAUACGUUAAUGGCGCGUGAACGAGACAGUGAAUUUGAUCGUGAAAAACGUAUUAGUUUAGAUUCAAAAUUAUCUAAUCGUAGUCCAAAAAUCAGUCUAAUUUCUCCCAAGCAAACAACAAAUGUUUGAAGUACGUUCGUGACAAUCAUCGAACAUUAGCAGCGUAAUGAGGAUGACUAUUUUUGUGACUAUCGCCAUUAUAUUAUCAAGAGAUUUUAAACCACUCUUAGCAUACAAGGCUUGUUGGUGAAUGUUGCAGUGGAAACGAUUGAAAUAAACUUAUGAAACCAUUCAAAAAUUGAAAUCAUUCGCAUUCGUUCGUAAUAUAGCACUCCAUAGUGAUUUUUGUGAUCGGUGGC